CACCUCUUUAGAUCUCUUCGUUUCUGGUACAUAGAUAGAUACUUCUACAGAUUUGAACAUUUUCAGAGAGAAUCAAACUUGAAUUUGCGUUGAAAGCUCAAAAAGAUGGGGUACGAAAGGAAAUUGGAAGACGACAAGAACUCAACGCUGUUAAUAGCGACUAUGUGCAUCAUUGGAUCGCAGGUUCACGUUCACGUCAAGGACGGUUCUGUGUUUUCCGGUUUAUUCUACACUGCUUCCGUCGAUAACGGCUUCGGCAUCGUUUUGAAGAAUGCGAGAAUCACUAAGAAGGGGAAGAGUAAAGCGAACGUAGCAAGUGGAAGUGUGGUGGAGACACUUGUUAUUACGUCUUCCAAUAUUGUUCAAAUAGUUGCUGAGGGAGUCUCGCUUCCGUCAAAUGUUACAGGCAAUUAUGAGGUUGCGAAUGUUGGAUCAGUCACUGAAACUCUACCUUCUGAGCCUCGUUUCUCUGCUGCAAACAAGUCUAAAAAUAAUUGCUUUGAGGGAAGGAGAAAUCAUCAUUUUAGACGUGCAGGAGCCAAGAUUUUGAACCCUAGUGAAAAAGUUCCUGAUGUUCGCCCGUUGGAUAAUGUUGAUAUCCAAAGCUCAAGUUCUAGCUUGGAUAGCAUGUCCGAAAGAGUUAAACCAAUAGAAGAAGAUAAGUUGGUGAUGGAACCUCUAAGUAAUGGUUGUCACGAUGCUGCUGAAAGGCCCUCUUCCAGUGACAAUUCAUCCCCACAAAGUACAGCCGUUGAUGAAACCUCAGGGUUGUGGCAGGGUUUAGAGGCACCUCCUAAUGAACCAGCACCUAUCCAAGCUGUCAAAAAGGCUAAGGAGUUUAAGUUGAAUCCAGAGGCAAAGACCUUUUCUCCAUCUUAUACAAAACGUCUUUCACCGGCUCCUACUGCUAUGCCUGACAUUGGAAAUGUUGCUUAUAUACCAAACAACACUCCCAUGCUACAUGUUCCUGAAGCUGUUUACCCAAAUCUGGGGAACAACCCUUAUAUGCCCCAAACAUCUCCGUCUUCCAAGUUUGUACCAUAUGGUAAUUUGACUGCUGGAAAUGCUGUCGGUGUUCCUUUUCCUCAGCACAUGAUCGGGCCUACUGUUAACAGGGCACAACCACAGACAUUCACUUCUCCAUACCAAUCUGUUCAAGCAUCACCAAUGUUUGUAAACCCAAAUCCUCAGGUACUGGUUGCGAGAUCAGGACAGUUUGUAUUUGCCCAGCCACUUUCUCAGAAUCUGGUUCAAGGAACACCGCCUCUUCCACCACCUAUGCUCUCCCGUCCUCUACCUCCCGCACAACAUGUCCAAUACCUGAAGCAUCAAGGUGUAGUCGCAAGUGGCCAGCCGUUGCAGCUAUGCGUUUCCCAGCCGUUCACGACGGCUGGACUGCAACCUUACAGCGUUCCCGCCCAAUUUCCGGUUAUGCAGCCUCCUUUCCCGACGAAUCAGCCAAUGCCAGUUGCGGUUCCUAAUGGCUUCUUUGGCACUUUCCAUAAAUAGUCGCUUCCAUACCUUUAUUCUUUUGCCUCUCCAACCUAAUAAGGGUUUAAAAAGAUGCGUUCUGUGUUUUUUUGUUCGAUUUUGGCUAUUUUGAUUCAUUGGUUUGUUGAGUUGGAUUGGGUAAAAACUAAAAACUGUGUAGAAUGUGAAUUAUAUCAUUCUUUGGGUGAGCUAUAAAUCCA